GUCUUUAGCUACGAAAUGUGUAACUUAAUUGUUUACAUUCCCCCAGCCCAAUAACUCGUUGAAAGUCUUAGAUGACAGCAUGAACUGCCCUAAAAGCGAACGGCUGAAUUCUGUCCCACCCCUCUUGGUGCUCAUUGGAUAACGUCCUCCGUCAGCCUCCCUUAUAGUAAGGUCUUGCGACUGUGUUCAAUAAACGUGACCAUGUUUUAAAUGCAGAAGGAUCUCGCUCCUUUCCUGUGAGUUUGAUUUCGCUUUGACCAUUGACAUUAGAACAGACUGACUCUGUAUGGCCCCAAGUAUUGAUAUGACUUCUUUAACGAUUGACUUGAAAGCUGAAGAGACUUCACGCGCGGCGCUGAACAGAAGCGAAAUGCAAACUAAUCUGAAUAUGGCAGGCGAAGAGGAAACGGAGAAGCCUAAAGUUACUAUCCUUCCAUUUAGUGUUGAAGCUCUAAUGGCAGAUAAGAAACCCAGCAGAGAUUUGACAGGUACCGAAGGAACAUCUGUUGCAGGAACAUCUCAUACACUAAGUCCAAGAAUGGGUACAUUAAAUAGUCCAGAGACCACGGUUUCCACUUUGACCAUCAACUCGCCGUUCUCAGUUGGAGGACUAAUGAAAAUGCAAGAGGAUGCACUUGUCAAAUCGGAGAGCCCGGAAAGGCAAGAGCGGAAUUCUUGGAUACAAAAUCCACGGUUCUCUCCUCCGCCUUCAAGAAGACUCAGCCCCCCUGCCUGUCCCUUGAGAAAGCACAAAACUAAUAGGAAGCCCAGGACCCCUUUUACCACUUCUCAGCUUUUGGCGCUGGAGAGGAAAUUCCGACAAAAGCAGUACCUGUCAAUAGCUGAACGAGCAGAAUUCUCCAGCUCGCUCAACCUGACAGAGACGCAAGUCAAAAUCUGGUUCCAAAACAGAAGAGCGAAAGCAAAGAGGCUGCAAGAAGCAGAAUUAGAGAAACUGAAAAUGGCAGCCAAACCAAUGUUGCCUCCGGCGUUUGGAAUUUCCUUUCCACUUGGUACUCAUGUCCCCACGUCCUACGCCGCAUCGCAUCCUUUUCAAAGACAUUCGUUGCCGGUGUCUCCAGUUGGACUCUAUGCAGCUCAUGUUGGAUAUAGUAUGUAUCACCUGGCAUGAACGACAGGCCCUCCAUUGGUGACUUCGAAUAUACCUCCGGUAGCUUUUUAUUCCAACACCACAGUAACAGAAAAGUGCCACAAAAAUUGUCAUUCAUAUGUUUGACCAACGAGAACGAACUUUUCUUCAAUGAGAGAAAUGGGUACGACGGAUAGUGAUUCUAGAUUUGACAAAUGAAUUGGUAAGGCCACGGUCAAAACAUGCCAUAAAUCAAGUUUAAAAGACUUAUUUUGAGAAGAUCCUUGAACACAGUUUACAGGUGUUCAGCUUCGUUUAUUAAACUGAUCACCACCGAUACCUGAAGCCGUUUAUACUGGCCUUUAUUUUGUGAUUCUUUCCCCCCCCACGUGUUUUAUUUAAAUAAGACUGGCGCAUUAUCAAUAUUCUAUAGAAAUAUGCUCCACUUAUAGUUAAAAAGAAUCUAUAGCAAGCGAGGGCUACUUCGACGUUCAAAAGUAAAACAGUUUGGGGAGUGUGUUUCUAAUGGCAGUUCAUCAGUAGACGAAUACUCUUUAUUGAAAUCGCAAAACGAAAACUAGCAAUUUAAUUUAACAGCGCUGUCUGUUGUGUGUGUUAUUGUUCCCUUUGAAAGGGAUUUGUGUACUGUAAUAUACUGUAUAUUUGAAAAAUAUCAUCAUUUAUAU